AUGGGGCAAUGGAGUACGAUCCUUUGUCAUCAAGGCAAGCGGAUGAUGGCUGCGGAGAACCACAUAAGGAUAAGAAGGGGUAUCUUCCAGGGCGAUUUUUUGAGUCCGAUCUGGUUUUGCCUUUCUCUGAACCCUUACUGGAGUACCUUACUGGAGGGUUUCAGGAGGAGAUUUCAGCUUCGAAAAGGAGGUACAAAAGUGACCCACCUUUUCUAUAUGGAUGAUCUCAAAUUAUUCGCCUCCAGUCGCUCUCAUCUUAUGGAAUUGCUAAACAUCACUUGUGAUUUUAGUAAUUCUAUUAGAAUGGAGCUGGGGACGGAUAAGUGUGCGGUUCUCCAUGUCAAAAGGGGAAGAGUUGCUAAAUCUGAGGACAUAGAAUUCUCUAUGUCCAUUAGCAUAAAUACCCUGUCCGAGGCUGAAACAUACCGAUACCUGGGUAUGUCACAGAACAUAGGUAUCGGUGAUGCGGACAUGAGGCAGUCAGUUUGCGAUGUGUUUUAUGCACGCUUGACAAAAGUGCUUAACAGUCUUUUGUCGGGCGUUAAUAAGACACACGCAUAUAACGGUUGGAUCAUGCCUGUUCUCAUGUAUACAUUUGGCAUACUCAGGUGGACUCAGACCGAACUGAACGCUCUGGAUAGAAAAGUCCGCACUAUUAUGAAGUCCCACAGGAUGCAUCAUCCGAGAUCGUCAGUAAUGAAGCUGUACUUGCCAUGCAUAAUCGCGAAGUGUGCAGCCUCCGUAAUUACUUUCUGA